AUCAAGGACCAUCGAAGAGCCCUAACCUGGAUUCUGUUGUUGACCCACAGCCUGGCAAUAGAGAGGCUUCAUUGGAGAGAACUUGGAAGACUGAAACUUGAACGUCAGUACCACAAAUGCCGAUUCUGUAGGAUUGCGGUAGAGUCACUGGAACAUGCCAUGCUUGAGUGCAAUUCGUCGCAAGUGGAUGAGAUGCUGGCAAGAGUUGCUCACGACGAACCUAGUCUCGGGCUCACGUAUGGCCACCUGGGUGAUGUUGAGCUCCCAAGGGAGCUAGUCGAAAGUCGAAAGGCUAUUGCCACGGUCGUAAAGUGGGUGCAUGCCGUUCUAAAAAUCUUUUAUGCCGUUCCGGUCUAUCGUGGUGGUUAG